GCGAGCACGUUUGCCUCCGACCACCAUGCCGCGGCAGCCUCCAGCCCAUUCCUUCACCACAUUUGGCUGGAUAUUCUGCUGCUGGAUCCUGCUCAUAUCCUUCCAAUAUGGCUACCACAUUUCCGUCCUGAACCAGAUUCAGGCGGUCAUGAGCUGCAAGGCUCAGCCGUCUGCGAUACUCAGUAAUGGUUUGCCGACUUGCAUACCCAUGGAUGACUUCACUUUUUCGGUUGUGACCUCUGUCUUCACCGUGGGCGGACUUAUUGGAAGUAUUGGCUCGAAUGUUAUUAGCGACAAAUGGGGUCGUAAAGGUGCUGCGCGAACUAGCUCUCUCUUCGUCGCUGUUGGCGCGGGGCUCAUGGCAGCGAGCAACUCAAUUUCUAUGCUGGCCAUUGGGAGAAUCCUUGUGGGUGUCGGGGCGGGCAUUGGCCUCUGCGUUGGGCCUGUAUACCUCGCGGAGAUCGCACCGCCGAAAAUCAGCGGUAGUCUUGGCGUCCUCACCCAACUUGGGAUCGUUUUCGGUAUCAUGAUUACUCAGGCGCUCGGCCUCCGCUUUGCCACGCCCACCCAAUGGCGCUUGGUCCUCUUCAUCUCUUGCGCACUCAGCGUCGCACAGUUCCUCGUGAGCCCGCUGAUGCUGGAGUCGCCCGCCUGGCUCGGCGGCCACGGGCACGCGGACGCAAAGCAGCGCGUCGCGCAGAGGAUUUGGACAUUCAAGGAUACGGAUCAUGAGGACUACCGCGGCGACGCCGAAGACCCACUCCUUGGCGACGAGGACGAGGCGGACAGGCGCCGCUCCGAGUCGCCGCGUCCGUCCAUCAACGCGCUCAAGGUGUUCGCGUCGCCGGAUUUGCGCAAGCCGCUCUUAAUUGUGUCCUUCGCGAUGAUGUCGCAGCAGAUAUCGGGCAUUAAUGCUGUGCUUUACUACAGCAACGCCAUCUUGUCGAAGGCACUGCCUGAUCUGGGGCCUUUUGUUUCUCUUGGGAUCACUAUUGUGAACGUGAUCAUGACGUUUCCGCCGAUUUUCCUCAUUGAGCGUCUCGGUCGUCGCUGGUUGCUGAGCCUGUCCACCGGCGGUGCCAUUGUCUCGCUCAUUUGCGUCGGCAUCGGCCUCGAUACCAACCUUACGACGCUCGCUAGCGUGUUUAUCAUCACUUUUGUCUGCUCCUUUGCCAUUGGUCUCGGGCCCGUACCCUUCGUCAUCAUCCCGGAGGUGUCUCCGUACCAUGCUGUCUCCGCACUCUCGUCUAUUGGCUUGUCCUUGAACUGGAUCGUAAACUUCAUCGUCGGGCUCAUCUUUCUGCCCCUGCGCAACUUCCUUUCGGGAGGCGACCCAGAGAAGGAAGGGCGGGUGUUCUAUGUCUUUGCGGCAGUGCUGGCUGUGUCGAUGUUCUCUUUCAUGUCGCAGUAUGGGAGGCAUUGAGAGGGGAAGGUAGUCCGUUAGGAGUUGGGUUAUAUGACGAGUCUGCUACGAAUCCAAACGUAUCAUAUUGCCGCGGAUAUGGAAAGCUGCUUUGGCUCGUAAAAGU